AAAAUCCAAAAUUGGGUGGCCUGGAGCACUGCAACCAUCCAUCAAGCAGCCUCUUGUUAAUCACCUUCACUUUUCCUCUAUCUCCUCAAUUUCUACAAGUAUAAACACGAAUCUAGAUAUUUGUUUCGUCUCUUUUUCUCUUCUUCUGCAACACAGAGAGCCUCCUUUUCUUAAUUCUUUCUUCUCCAAGGACAUGGCUCUAUCAAGGCACGCAAUCCUUUCCUACUCCACGACUGCUCUCUCUCUCUCUAAGCCCCAACCCUUUUAUCCUCUCAUGGCCCUUUCACUGUCAAAACCCACAUCGCCAUUGGUAUUAGCCAAGUCUUUAAUACACAUGAAACCCAACUCCACAUUUUGCCUUGCAGUUGCAGACAUGAGGAGUAAUAGUAAUACUGUGGUAGAGGAGGAGGGGGAGGAUGAUGAAAAGGUUUUUGUGGGUCCUGCUACUAAGGAGGAGGAGAGUGUGGUGGCGGACUAUGAUUGGACAGAGGAGUGGUAUCCUCUGUAUCUCACCAAGGAUGUCCCUGAUGAUGCACCUCUUGGACUUACUGUCUUUGAUAAGCAGAUUGUUUUGUAUAAAGAUGCCAAUGGAGAGCUUCAAUGUUUCCAAGAUCGGUGUCCCCACAGGUUAGCUAAACUAUCUGAAGGUCAGUUGAUUAAUGGAAGACUAGAAUGCCUUUACCAUGGUUGGCAAUUUGAAAGCAGUGGGAUGUGUGUGAAGAUACCUCAGCUCCCUUCAAAUGCAAAAAUUCCAAGAUCAGCUUGUGCCAAAACAUACGAGGUUAGGGACUCGCAAGGAGUUGUGUGGGUGUGGAUGUCUCGAAAGACGCCGCCUAAUGGUAACAAACUACCUUGGAUUGAGAACUUUUCCAGGCCAGGGUUUCAAGAUGAUUCGGGCAUCCAUGAACUUCCGUAUGAUCAUUCCAUACUACUCGAAAAUCUGAUGGAUCCUGCCCAUGUUCCCAUCUCACAUGAUAGGACGGAUUUUGCUGCAAGAAGGAAAGAUGCUCAGCCACUUCGGUUUGAGGUGUCUGAACGUACUAAUCGAGGUUUCUCCGGUUGGUGGGGCAAAGAAAAAGAUCAAUCCUUGCGAACUUUCUUACGGUUUGAAGCACCAUGUGUUCUUCAACAUAAUACUGAACUUGUUGAUGAAAAGGGUGAGAAACAGUACUUCACAGCUCUCUUCUUAUGUAGACCAACCGGACAAGGUAAAUCGAUGAUCAUUGUCAGGUUUGGAGCCACAAAGAGACCUGCAAUAUCAAAACUGAUCCCAAAAUGGUAUAUCCAUCAGAAUGCCUGCAAGAUUUUUGAGGAAGAUAUGGGAUUCCUGUCAUCUCAAAAUGAGAUUUUAAUCAAAGAGAAGGUUCCCACAAAGGAGUUAUACCUUAAUUUGAAGUCCUCGGAUGUAUGGGUUGCUGAGUACCGGAAAUGGAUGGAUAAAGUCGGACAUGGGAUGCCGUAUCAUUUUGGACACAGAACCAUUUCUCUGCCUGAAGUUCCUGCUGCAAUAGAACAUGCACCGGCUGGACAUGUUGCGGGAAUUUCUGCAUCCUUCCCUGCUAAAGGAGGGAUUGGAACAAUGCAUUCCCUAAAUUUCACCAACCGAUAUUUCAGGCACGUCAUCCAUUGCAAGGGAUGCAGAAGCAUUGUCAAAGCUUUCACUGCUUGGAAGAAUGGCUUCUCUGCAGCUGCUCUUACACUUGCAGCACUGGCUAUUCUAGCCUCUCAAAGGCAGUGGAAAGCCUUCUUCCUAAUAUCAGCAACCUUCUGCCUCGCUGGUGUAUAUGCAUGCUCGACUGCUAUUGCAAUGAACACGGAAAACUUCAUUAGAAUGCACAGAAGAUUGUAAGUCUACAAAUGAUAUAAUACAGUACACAGAAUAGGAAAAGAAAAUAAUACCUACUGUUGUAUGCAGAAGAUAUCAUAGUGGUUCAAUUCUUGUACUCCAAUAAGUCUCUAGUGCAAAGCCUUCAAGCUACAUGUAAUAUCUCUAAGGGUUUCACCACCCUUG